AUGUCAAAAAUUUUUGAUUUGGUUGUCAUUGGCGCCGGCUCGGGCGGACUGGAGGCUGCUUGGAACGCGGCGACACUCUACAAAAAGCGGGUUGCGGUGAUUGAUGUUCAGAUGGUUCACGGGCCCCCGUUUUUUUCUGCUCUAGGCGGCACGUGUGUCAAUGUUGGCUGCGUUCCGAAGAAAUUGAUGGUUACAGGGGCCCAAUACAUGGAACACCUACGCGAGUCUGCUGGGUUCGGGUGGGAGUUUGAUCGCACCACUCUCAGAGCGGAAUGGAAGAAACUUAUUGCUGUCAAGGACGAGGCGGUGCUGAAUAUCAACAAGAGUUAUGAGGAGAUGUUUCGGGACACGGAGGGUCUGGAGUUUUUCCUGGGCUGGGGAUCACUGGAGUCAAAGAAUGUCGUCAAUGUUCGCGAGAGUGCCGACCCGGCCAGCGCAGUGAAGGAGCGCCUGGAGACGGAGCACAUUCUACUUGCCAGUGGGUCGUGGCCGCACAUGCCAAACAUCCCUGGUAUUGAGCAUUGCAUCAGCAGCAAUGAGGCAUUCUACCUGCCGGAGCCACCGCGUCGUGUCCUCACUGUCGGCGGAGGCUUCAUUUCCGUGGAGUUUGCAGGCAUUUUUAACGCCUACAAGCCGAAGGACGGACAAGUGACGUUGUGCUACCGCGGUGAAAUGAUCCUUCGUGGCUUUGACCACACUCUCCGUGAGGAACUCACAAAGCAGCUCACCGCCAACGGCAUUCAAAUCCUUACGAAGGAAAAUCCGGCCAAGGUGGAGUUGAACGCGGAUGGCAGCAAAAGUGUUACUUUUGAGAGCGGCAAAAAGAUGGACUUUGAUCUUGUCAUGAUGGCGAUUGGCCGUUCUCCCCGAACCAAGGAUUUACAGCUGCAAAACGCCGGUGUCAUGAUCAAGAACGGUGGUGUGCAGGUGGACGAGUACUCGCGCACGAAUGUUUCCAACAUUUACGCCAUCGGUGACGUCACAAAUCGUGUCAUGUUGACACCCGUGGCCAUAAAUGAAGCCGCUGCCCUUGUGGAUACCAUCUUUGGUACCACUCCGCGAAAGACGGACCACACCCGUGUGGCGAGUGCCGUCUUCUCUAUUCCUCCAAUUGGUACCUGCGGUCUCAUUGAAGAGGUUGCAUCCAAGCGCUACGAGGUGGUG